GAAUCAAAACAUUGCGUUGUUUCAUAACACUUUCCAUGUGAAUUUACAAGUUUUUCGGUUUUUCACUGAUACUUAUUUUGAUUAAUCUCGACCAUAAUUUAUUAAACCUAAUAUGCGAAUCACCGGUGUGCUGCAGAAAAUCGGCGAUGUGUCGAAAAAGUUCUCCAACUUUCCGGAUGCAUACGUGAAACGUAGCAUGGAGCAGGUUUACUGGAAGACUCCCCGGGGCAAGCCGCAGUAUCUGCCACGGACAGUUGAACGGAAACGGUUUCGUUUCACGACCAACCGCCCGUGGACGGGUCAAUCCCGGCAGCAGAAUAUGCCGGGUACCAUCCGAAAGAAGGUUUUCGUUGAACCCAUUGCCAAUUGGUCGUUUUUCAAAGGAGAUCGAGUUGAGGUGCUCGUCGGCAAGGAUAAAGGCAAGCAAGGUAUCAUUGGUCAGGUGUUUCAGGAGCGUAACUGGGUCAUCGUCAGUGGACUGAAUUGCCAUUUGCGCAAGGUGGCAGAUGAGAAGGACUAUCCGGGCAUUACGAUUAAAUCGGAAGCUCCGUUGCUGGUUACCGAUCAGGUUCGGUUAGUGGAUCCCUCGGAUCUGCAGGGAACGAGCAUCGAGUGGCGUUUCACGGAGGACGGUGAGAUGGUUCGCGUAUCUACACGCACUGGACGGAUUAUCCCCAUCCCGAAGGGCAAUGAGGAGACGCAUGAUUAUAAGGCGAAAAGUUUGUACGUGGAAAAACCGAAGGAUACGGUCGGGGAUGUGGUGAAGGAGAUUACUUUCAAGCCGUCGCUGCAGACAUUCGAGAUGGACAUAAUGAAGGAGAUGGGCAUCGAGGAGGACAGGAUACCAAUUAAAACGUACUGGUACUAACAAGAGCAAAAGUAGGGGGAAGGUGUGGCUGAAUAGUUUGAAGCGAAUGAAUAAUAGAUUUAUGUU